AUUUGGAUAAUGAACACCCCUCUUUCCCUCCCUCGUCAGGCAUCACUCCCGGAAAACCGGUCCAAAGUAAAAACUACUACCUUGCCCCGGCCGCCCAUUUCAUGUUUUGUGUUGUCCGUCUGGAACAAGCUCCAACAUUUGAUUUGAUUUGAUUUGAUUGGCAAUGGAAAUGGCGUGUUUAUUAUCAUCAUCCCACCCACUCUGUAGUAGUAAAACCCUAGUAGUCAAACAACCACCAACAUUAUCUCCCUUUUUCUUCACUAGUACUAAAUUCCCGUCUUUCCUUCAUCAUCAUCAUCUCAAUCCUGCCCUUCUUCAAAUUAGGAAGGCGUCGUCUUCUUCUAUUCAGAAUCAAAAUGACGAUUCAGACACUUUACAGCUAGUUGAGAAGCUCAAGGACACCGAGAAACGGCGAAUAAAUGAACUGGAGGAGCUUGACCGAAAAGCAAACACUCAGUUAGAAAGGCAGCUCAUCUUGGCUUCUAAUUGGAGCCGAACUUUAUUAACCCUCCAGAAUAAACUAAAGGGAACUCAAUGGGAUCCACAUCAUUCUCACAAAAUUCACUACAGUGAUUUCCUUAGCCUUCUCAAUUCCAAUAAUGUUCAGUUCAUGGAGUAUUCCAAUUACGGCCAGACCGUCUCAGUGAUUCUACCGUAUGAUAAGGAUGGAGACUCGACAAGUGAGUCAAAGAAAGAUGUUAUUUUCAAGAGGCAUGUCGUUGACCGUAUGCCUGUUGACAGCUGGAAUGAUGUUUGGCAAAAGUUGCAUCAACAACUCGUGAAUGUUGAUGUCAUUAAUGCGAAUACAGUUCCUGCAGAGGUCUACUCGAGUGUCGCCACAAUUGUUGUGUGGUCAAUGCGACUUGCUCUUGCUAUAGGAUUGUACGUAUGGAUUGAUAAUAUGAUGAGGCCAAUCUAUGCAAAGUUAAUACCUUGUGAUUUGGGAAGCCCCCCUAAACAGAUAAGACAGCCGAUCAAGAACCAGACACUUGGAUCAUUAGGCGAGAGUCGAGCUAAAUUUAUAUCAGCAGAAGAGACAACUGGUGUCUCCUUUGAUGAUUUUGCAGGACAAGAAUAUAUAAAGAGGGAAUUACAAGAGAUUGUUAGAAUACUAAAGAAUGAUGAAGAAUUCCAAAAUAAAGGCAUAUACUGUCCUAAGGGUGUCCUACUUCAUGGUCCUCCUGGAACUGGUAAAACUCUACUAGCAAAAGCUAUAGCUGGUGAAGCAGGUCUUCCUUUCUUUGCAGCCAAUGGCACUGAUUUUGUUGAGAUGUUUGUUGGGGUUGCGGCGUCUCGUGUGAAGGAUCUUUUUGCUAGUUCAAGAACAUUUGCUCCUUCUAUUAUUUUUAUUGACGAGAUAGAUGCUAUUGGCAGCAAACGUGGUGGCCCGGACAUUGGCGGGGGUGGUGCAGAGAGGGAACAGGGUCUGCUUCAAAUAUUAACAGAAAUGGAUGGUUUCAAAGAGUCAACAUCUCAGGUGCUAGUUAUUGGAGCAACCAACAGGCUGGAUAUUCUUGAUCCUGCUCUUUUGAGAAAAGGCCGUUUCGAUAAGAUAAUAAGGGUUGGUUUGCCCUCUAAAGAUGGUAGAUUUGCUAUAUUGAAGGUUCAUGCAAAAAACAAAUAUUUUCGUUCUGAGGAAGAGAAGGAAAACUUAUUGCUGGAAAUUGCAGAGAAAACAGAAGAUUUUACAGGAGCAGAGCUGCAGAAUAUACUGAAUGAAGCUGGUAUUUUGACUGCCAGAAAGGACUUGGAUUAUAUAGGACGAGAAGAACUUCUCGAGGCCUUGAAAAGGCAAAAAGGAACGUUUGAAACAGGUCAAGAAGAUAGAAGUGAAGUCCCUGAAGAGCUAAAACUGAGGCUGGCAUAUAGAGAAGCAGCUGUCUCUGUUCUUGCAUCCUACUUUCCAGAUCCCCACCGUCCUUUCAUGGGGACAGAUAUCAAUUCUGUUAAAAGUCAAUCCAACAUGCGCUACGUAGAGAUUUCAGGACGGGUCUUCAAAAGGAAGGCAGAUUAUGUAAAUGCCAUAGUCCGUGCUUGUGCUCCCAGAGUGAUUGAAGAGGAGAUGUUUGGAUUAGACAAUUUAUGCUGGAUAUCUGCGAAGGCUACAUUAGAAGCUUCAAUGCUUGCUGAGUCCUUAAUUCUCCAGUCUGGAAUGACAUCAUUUGGGAAGGCAUACUACCGGAAACAGCACGAUUUAGUACCAAAUCUUGCAGCCAAACUUGAAGCACUUAAGGAUGAGUACAUGCGGUUUGCCAUGGAAAAAUGUUAUUCUGUUUUACGGGAGUAUUAUUCUGCGGUAGAAGAGAUCACAGAUAUUCUACUUGAGAAGGGUGAGAUUGAAGCGGAUGAAAUUUGGAGUAUAUUCAAAACUACACCUCGGAUAGCUCAGCCUAGUGUUCCCCCCAUUGAUGAAUAUGCUGCACUGAUAUAUGCCGGAAGAUGGGGCAUCCACGGUGCUUCACUUCCAGGUAGGGCUACAUUUGCACCCGGCAAUGUUGGAUUUGUGACUUUUGGAUCCCCACGUCCAAUGGAGACUCAGAUUGUUAGUGAUGAUACCUGGAAGCUAGUUGACAAAAUUUGGGACACUAGGGUUCAGGAAAUUAGAGAUGGGGCCAAAAAAGAAAUCGAAGCUGAACAGGAGACGCCACGGGUUUUAAUAGCCAGCCAUUUUCUAUGAUGGUUGCCGUCUUUUAUGGCAAUUUCAUGCUCAAAUUAUGUCGACUAGUUUUGGUAGUCUAGCCACAUUUUCUUGAUCACGCGAACCUUAUAUGCACUAAAAAAGACCCGAGCUUUGUUGUAUCAUGGUUCCCAGGCCAUCAAAAGAUCAUGCGAUUGCACACAGCAAAUAUAGUGUCAGUUUAAUGGAAAACUUGAUUGCAAUCAAUCAUGGAGGGUGAAGAUGAUCGUGACCAUUCUGUGAUUUGCAUGUAAUAUUGUAUAAGUUGACAUGUAAGAGGCCCAUGGUCUACUACGCUUAAAUGGAAUUUCACGCUGGUUUUGAUCUUGAAGAUGCGUCGCACAAGUCAUUUGUUGAGUUAGAUCCAAGACGUAGAAAAAGGCUAUGUAGUACAAUUAUGCAACAUCAUCAUCUUCUGCGUAUAUAGAGUUGUAUUUAUUUGAAUUAUAAAAAGGUUUUUGUAGUCUAUUGUUGUAUUCAAUCAAAUCUUUAUAUUUAUGUGCAUCUAAUUUCUUUAUAAUUUUA